UCGGCGGCGCUCGGCUGUCUCCGGCGCGGCUCGGCUCGGGUCCGCGGCCGCUGCGGCGCCGGGCAUUUCUCCGCAGCUCGGCUCGCGGCCGCGCCCAUGCAGGCCAUCAAGUGCGUGGUGGUCGGCGACGGCGCCGUGGGCAAGACGUGCCUGCUCAUCAGCUACACGACCAACGCGUUCCCAGGAGAGUACAUCCCCACCGUCUUUGACAACUACUCGGCCAACGUGAUGGUGGACGGCAAGCCGGUCAACCUUGGGCUGUGGGACACGGCGGGGCAGGAGGACUACGACCGGCUGCGACCCCUCUCCUACCCGCAGACGGAUGUCUUUCUGAUUUGCUUUUCCCUGGUGAGCCCGGCCUCCUUCGAGAACGUCCGUGCCAAGUGGUACCCGGAGGUGCGGCACCACUGUCCCCAUACUCCCAUCCUGCUGGUGGGCACCAAGCUGGACCUCCGGGACGACAAGGACACCACCGAGCGGCUGCGGGACAAGAAGCUGGCACCCAUCACCUACCCACAGGGCCUGGCCAUGGCCCGUGAGAUCGGCUCCGUCAAGUACUUGGAGUGCUCGGCACUGACCCAGCGGGGCCUCAAGACGGUGUUUGACGAGGCCAUUCGUGCUGUGCUGUGCCCGCCCCCCGUCAAGAAGCCGGGCAAGAAGUGCAGCGUGGUGUAGGGGCCAGGCUGGGCGCAGCCCCAGCCUUCUCCGGCCCCGGGAGCCCCGAGG